CAUACUCUCAUUCUUGCUAGCUGCUCGUGCCAUUAUUGAUUUUUUUUCGGGUGGGGAUUAAUUAGUAGCACAACCAUACUUAACUUGGCACAACCAAUAUCUUCAACCAACUUUUGUCUCUGGCUUCCUGUGCUAAACUAGCGGCACUUAAUUAGGUCUUAUCUACGUCUACCAUAUAGAGACAUAGAGUGCUUUUCACCUUCCCUCGCCCGGCGCCCCGUCCAUUGAGUUUUAAGUGCAGACAAUACAGUAGGGCUUUGUGUACUUCAAAAAACCGGUUACAAUUUGGGGGUACAUGAACAUGAACCAGAGGUCCCCCAACUCCCAAGGUAAUGACGCGCGCCAUUAGUCCGGCACCAGUCCGUCCUGUCUAAAGUAUUCUUGGCAGAUGUGAUUAUCUGAAACGCUUUGACUCUGUGUGCCUGCAAUCCGUCAUUUAGGUGCGCAAGAUCUUAAGCGGAGUGUCCUUUUUACAAGUUCCAUGGCAUCCAUGCUUGUCGCAAAAUCUCUUAGCUUGCUAAAGCUUUGUCUUACCACGAUGCUUUGCUGUCCCAUCGCUCCUUCUUUCGCCUGCAGAGAAGUAAUAUUAUGCCAUACCCAACCAACACAGAUUUCCAGGCUAACUAAAGAGAGAUGCUGUGGUGUUACCCUGGACAGCACGUCUUGUUCUGCAGCAAAGCAGUAAUAAAGUAAUUAAGCAGCAUGCGUGGUCUCAUAUGUUUGCACAAGGGAACGAAUAUUGUCAAUUUAGUGUAUAUUCUUGGCUCUGCCACUGCCCCAGGGGCCAAUAAGCAAGGUAGUCUGAAAUUAACUAACACUAAGGUUGUUUUAUUCUUCUGCUUUCUCUUUUGGUGUGGAUUAGUACCUUACUUAGCUUGCACGAUAGUAUCUUAAAGCCAAGUGUUGCCUCUGCUUUCUGCUAAACUAAUGGCAAUUAAAUAUUAAUCAUCCUAGGCAUAGGGCCACCUCCCAGCCCCAGCCUGCGGGCUUCUAUUUCUUUCUUCCAGGUCUCCUCUCGUCCUUCACACACAUCAGUUCCGUCUGACCUCGCAAUCCGCCCGCUCUUGCAUAUUUGACUCUUCAGCACUACUUGGCGUUGUUGUCUAUCUACGUCCACGUCUAGUGCAGCUCGAUCUGGCCAGGCGCUCCCCCUCGCUUGUGCUGACCUUGCCUAACAUCCUCACCGUCAAUCUGCCAAUCUUUCCAAUCGACUACCUUCACUGUGCAGCUCCGGCCAGACAUUCGAACUCUCGCCGACCCUGCGUAUCUAGCAUCGUCACCAUCAUUGCCUGAACACCUUUUCAAGUGAGGAGCCGAGGAUAAUCAAUGGAGAUCGCCAUUGGUGCGGCACGCUGGGCGGUGGGCAAGGCGCUGGGGCCUGUCUCCGAUGGCCUCUUGGAGUCGUGGGCGGCCUGUUCGGAGCUAGGCCCGAACAUCCGUGCCCUCAAGCUGGAGCUCUUGUACGCGCAGGGGAUGCUGAACAAUGCCCGUGGCAGGGGCGUCCAUAACCCCGCACUGGGGCACCUGCUCCUGGAGCUCCGCCAGAAAGCGUAUGACGCGGAUGAUGCGCUGGAUGAGCUGGAGUACUUCCGUGUCCAGGACGAGCUCCAAGGGACCUAUGAGGCCAUUGAUGAUGCUGAUGCUCAGGGUCUUGUCCAGGGCCUCGUCCUCAAUGUUCGCCACACGGCUGGGGCCGUCGUCAGUAAGCUGAAGCUCCCAUCAUGCUCCUGUGCUCCUUUUUUGUGCCAGCAUCAUAGAAAACCAAAGCCCAAGUUCAAUAGGAUGGCUAUGUCCAAUCGGCUGGCGCAACUUGUAGAUGAUCUCAAGCCGUUAUGUGCAAAGGUCUCCACUAUUCUUGAUCUAGAGCUGUUGGGAACCAUAGCCUCCAAAGGCACCAUAGGCCUUCAAGGUGCUACAUUGAACCAAACAACCAGAACAACGACCCCACAAAUCAUAGAGCCAAAGUUAUAUGGGAGGGAUAAAGUGAAAAAGGAUAUCAUAGAUGGAAUAACCUCUAAAUAUCGGGGCAGUGAUCUCACUGUGCUUUCAAUAGUUGGUCCAGGGGGUCUUGGAAAGACAACACUCACACAACACAUUUAUCAAGAAGUAAAGUGCCACUUCCAAGUCAUGUUAUGGGUAUGUGUCUCUCAAAAUUUCAAUGCAAAUAGGUUGGCACAAGAAAUUGUGAAACAAAUUCCUAAACUUGACAAUGAAAAUGGGAAUGAGAGUGUUGAAGAGUUAAUUGAAAAAAGAUUACAGUCCAAACAGUUUUUUCUUGUCUUGGAUGACAUGUGGACAUAUCAUGAAGAUGAUUGGAAAAAAAUACUAGCCCCAUUUAAGAAAGUACAAACAAAAGGUAAUAUGGUAAUAGUCACAACAAGAAUCCCAAAGGUGGCACAAUUGGUUACAACAAUAGGCUGUCCAAUAAGAUUGGAACGCUUAAAUGACGAAGAAUGCAUGCAUUUCUUCAAAGCAUGUGUUUUUGAUGAAAAACAACCAUGGGAAGAGCAUACUAAUUUGCAUGCCGUUGGGUGGGAAAUAGUGAAGAAAUUGAAAGGUUUUCCUCUUGCAGUAAAAACUGUUGGUAGAUUGCUAAAAUCUGAACUUACCGUGGACCAUUGGAGAAGAGUAUUUGAGAGUAAAGAAUGGGAAUAUCAGGCCAAUGAGGAUGACAUUAUGCCAGCAUUAAAGCUCAGCUAUAACUAUCUUCCUUUCCAUCUACAACAGUGUUUUUCUCACUGUGCCUUGUUCCCUGAAGAUUAUGAAUUUGGAAGGGAAGAGUUAAUCCACUUGUGGAUUGGACUAGGGUUGUUGGGCCCCAAUGAUCAAAACAAGAGAAUCGAAGACACUGGACUAUGUUAUUUAUGUGACUUGGUUAGUCACGGUUUCUUCCAAGAAGAAAAAAAAGAGGAUGGCCACACAAAUUAUGUGAUCCAUGACCUACUCCAUGACUUGGCAAGAUAUGUUGCAGCACAUGAAUGUCUUAGCAUAAAAGGGUCUGAUGUCUGGUCAAUACAAAUUCCCACAUCAAUACAUCACAUGUCCAUCAUCAUAAAUGAUGCAGAUGUCCAAGACAGAACAACAUUUGAAAAUCGUAAGAGCGACCUUGAUACACUUGGUAAAAAAUUGAAAGCUGGAAACCUACAUACUUUGAUGUUAUUUGGAGAUCACCAUGGAAGCUUUUGUCAAAUACUUAGUGAUAUGUUUCGGGAAGCAAAAGCCCUUCAUGUCAUUUUCUUAUCUGGAGCAUCUUAUGAUGUGGAGCUUUUGUUGCCUAGUUUUUCACAACUUGUCCAUCUUCGUUACUUAAGGAUCAAGGGUUAUGUAUUAAAUGAAACAAGUCUAGUUGGCAGUAUAUCUAGAUUUUAUAACUUGUUGGUCCUAGAUGUAAAACAAUGCAAUAAUUUUAGUUCUACAAGAGAAUUGAGUAACCUAGUGAAAAUUCGUCAUUUUCUUGUGCCAUAUGAUUCUUGUCAUUCUGAAAUUUCUGAGGUUGGGAAACUAAAAUCUAUACAAGAGCUAAGGAGGUUUGAGGUCAAAAGAGAAAAACAUGGGUUUGAACUGAAUCAAUUAAGGCAAUUGUUACAGCUCCAAGGGUCACUGGAGAUUCAUAAUCUUGAAAAGGUUGAAGCAACAGCAGAAGUGGAAAAAACCAAGUUAGUCUACAUGCACCACUUAAAUCGAUUACUGUUACAUUGGGAUGGAAACCAACCUAACAAGGACCCCAAAAAAGAAGAAGAUGUUCUUGAAUGCCUUAAACCACACAGUAAUCUUCAAGAAGUGUGCAUUAGAGGACAUGGAGGUUACACAUACCCUACUUGGCUAUGUACAGACCACUCUGUUAAGAAUUUGGAAUGCCUUUGCCUUGAAGGUGUAGCGUGGAAAAGUCUUCCACCUCUGCUAGGAGAGUUCUUGAUGGUUGGUGAAGACCAACCAAGCAUCGCUGGCCAAAUCUUUCAGAAUCUGAAGAGGCUAGAACUUGUCAACAUAGCAACUCUGAAAAGAUGGAGUGCAGAUGAUCCUUUCUCUACGCUAGAGGUACUCACAAUUAAGGAUUGUGUUGAACUUACAGAGCUGCCAUCUCCGCACAUGUUUCCCAUCCUACAGCAGAUCUAUAUUUCAAGAUGUGAGAAGCUAGUGUCAGUGCCACCAAUUCCCUGGAGUAGUUCUCUGUCCAAAGCUAGACUGUGUGAAGUGGGCACAAGUACUCAGGAAAUAGAUUAUAUGAAAAAUGAGCAGAAAGUUCAUGUAGUGUUCAAAAAGGAUGCUCUUGAUUGUGAACUCUGGAAUGUAUUGGCCUUUACUAAUCUGAGUGAAAUAAAGGAGUUCAGGAUUUUUGGAUGCUCACAAGUGCCUCUACAUCACCUGCAGCUGCUAAAUUCUCUGAAGACCCUUCAGAUAAGUGACUUUAGUAGUGUCCUGUGGCCAACUGAAGGUGAGAAUGAUUCCCCAUUCGAGUUCCCAGUUGAACAGCUCCAGAUAUCAGAUUGUGGUGCCACUUUGAAGGAAUUGGUACAGCUAAUCUCUUAUUUCACUAACCUCUCAAUGUUGCAACUACGGAGGUGUGAUAACAAGCAGGCAGGCGGAGCAGAGGAAAUAGAAGCUGCAGUAGGAGGACAGCUGCCCAUGCCCCUCCAAUUGAAGGAGUUGCUCCAAAAUCAGAGCUCUCUGAGAUCACUGUUUAUAGAUGAUUGCCCCAUGCUUCUAUCCUCCAGUUUGCUCCCCUCCUUUUACUGCCCUUUCCCGACCUCCCUGCAGUCCCUCGUGCUUGAGGGUGUGAAGGAUGGCAUGCUGACGCUGGCUCCUCUCACAAAUCUGACCGAAUUGGACCUAUAUGAUUGUGGGGGUCUAAGAUCUGAGGACCUAUGGCAUCUCCUCGCCCAGGGUCGUCUCAAGGAAUUAGUAAUCUAUGGGGCGCACAACUUACUUGAUGUCCCAGAGCCUUCGCGGAUGUGCGAACAAGUUCUUCCCCAACAUAGCUCCAGGCUGCCGGCGCUCGAAACGGAUGAGGAAGCAGGGGGCGCCGUUGCUGUGCCCAUCGGUGGCCACUUCUCUUCCUCUCUCUCCGAGCUAUGGCUUGGUAAGAAUGACGACUUGGAUCACUUCACAAUGGAGCAAUCGGAGGCCCUGCUGAUGCUCACCUCCCUCCAGGUUCUUCAUAUUGGGUGGUACUCGAGGCUGCAGUCCCUUCCAGAGGGGUUAAGUGGGCUUCCCAACCUCAAGAGAUUAGAGAUCCGGUUCUGUGACUGCUUUCGGUCCCUACCCAAGGGCGGACUUCCAAGUUCACUGGUAGUAUUACAAAUCAGCAACUGCAAGGCCAUACAGUCUCUGCCGAAGGGCACCCUCCCAUGUUCCCUGGUGGAAUUACAAAUCUGGAGCUGUGAUGCCAUCCGGUCACUGCCCAAGGGCACCCUCCCAAGUUCGCUGACAGAACUACACAUAAUUCGUUGCCGUGCCUUCCGGUCGCUACCAAAGGGAAGCCUUCCAAGUUCACUGAAGAUAUUACAGAUCCGCUUCUGUCCUGCUAUCAGGUCGCUACAUGAGGGCAGCCUCCCGAAUUCACUUCAAAUGCUAGAUGUCAGUUAUAGCAACGAGAAGCUACAGAAGCAGUGCCGGAAGCUGCAAGGAACAAUACCCAUAGUUAAGUUCCGACGCUGCUAAUCCAAGGGCAUUCUUGACGAUGCAAUCUCCCGUGAUAUCUGCUUGUGACCCUGGCAUGAAGAACUUUACAAAAUGCAUAAGUUGGGAUAAUGGAAAGCCAUAUAUCAAUGCUGUUACAUCAGCAUCGAGAUUUUAAAUGAUGUACCAUUGUCGGUUGGAUUGGAUGAUGUAUACCUCCAGCUGCUGGGAGGUCAUCAGCGCUGGAACACUGUCACAGCUGCUUGCGCAGGUCUUUGUCUCCGUACUAGUCAAGUUAACGAUGGGAUAUCUCUGCCGUUUCGAUCCAAGCCGACUUAGAGGAGACCCAACUUCCUAGGAGGAUGGCACAUCCACUGUAUGUACUCAUCCAUCGGUGGAGGUUAACCUCUGCUGUAACCUGCUCAUGACAUAUCCUUCCGACCUUCCCUUUCAGUAGCACCAGUCAGUCGCUGAUACUUGAACUAUGUCCCAGCCCAUACUAACUAGCACUAAGUCAUCUGCAAAGGCAUUAUCAGACUUGAUACAAACUGUGAGACUGACCAGAAGGGCCUCUAGCGCUUGUUGUCGGAAUGGCUAAUCACAAGGCGCAUCUUUUGUGUUUGCUGAGCAGCUUGUCUCAGGUUAAACGCCUGACGUCAUGCUACUGACGGAAACGAGCAUCGCCAUGGCAUCGCCGCUUGCUGGAGCAACUACCCGCGUGAGGAAGACUCAACUUCCUCGGAGGAGCCAGUUUCUGACAGCAGAGGGAGCGUCAGUACUCAAUCGGGGCGCAUCCACUGUACUCGUCGAUGGAGCACAUAUGGGGGCAUCUGCAGAGGCCGUAGACGUAUAGAAGUGAAAGAAACCGUGAGACCAUAACAGGCUUCCAGCGCUUGUUGUCAGCAUGGAUAUUGACAAGGAGCAUCUUGCGAUUGCUAGCAGCUUCACUCAGGUGGAAUGCCUGCCUGAUGCCGUGCUACUGACGGAGGCGAGCAUCGCAUUGCAUCCCUAGAGGAACCUCCUGCGCGACGCCAGCAACCUCGUCCCUGAAAGAAUCAUGGAUAGCCGCGGCACGCGGCCAGGUGCAUCGAGUGUGUGGACAUCCAUCGGCGGCAUCUCUCAGCGGCGCUGAAACCCCAGAGCGCAUUAACAGGUUGGCCAGUUUGGCCGGUCCAUCGCUCAGCAAGGAAGGCCUUGUGUCAGGAAUAGGAGAGCAAGGAGAUGCGUAGUGACAUUUCUCUAGUGUUAAUAGCAUGUAAAAUUUGUUUUCUUACUUGAAGCUUGCUAAUGAAUGGGGCUAAAAUAUUAGAAGGCUGAACAUUUGAAACUCUCUCUCUCUCUCUCUCUCUCUCUCUCUCUCUCUCUCUCUCUCUCUCUGGUUAUGUUAGGAGCGUCAGUCAGUCACCGAGCCAUACUGAUAUGACGUUGUAGCUUGUUUCAUUAUUUAGAUCUAUCUGGCUGCUGUGUCCCCUUUUUGACCUUUUAAAUAGCCAUGCCCAUACAAUAUUACAGUACAUAAUUAUACAAAUAGGUCUUAAUGUUGGAAGCCUCUAUGAAACAUACUGAUUUUUCUGAUAAUAUAAAAUGAACACUCAUAACUGAAUUUGAAGAUAAUGAAAAUAUAGAUAUUUUACAAUUUUUGAAAAUGAAUAGUAUUUGCUUCUCUGUCAAUGUGGUGACAUUAGGAUACAUAGAGAUUAAUAUUAUGUCCGUGACAUUAUGCAAAUAAGUGACUUCAGUUAUUCAAUUUGUCUUCUGUUUUAGGAAAGGGAUUGUUCUGAACUAUGGAUGUUCUUUGUACCAAGUGAGUAGCGAUGCUGCAACUGGUAGAGGUGCAGUCAUUUCAUAGUUCCAUUGCAGUUGCAGCAGCAUCAAUGAGCCUAGAAACUGGCAUGGUCUUAAGUCAUGUUCAAGAUACUGGGGUUCAAAAGGGAGAAAAACACCUUUGCACGGACAAGUUUAGAUGCCACGUUGCUCCAAAGAUAGACUUGAAAAGAAGUUCAGUAAAACAUGUUUUACUUGAGCCGCAGCUGUGGAAAAAUUUGUGUACUGUGCUAGAAGAACAUCACGUUUGAGAGAGACUUUUUUAGUUUGCGUUGCCAUUGUUCAGCAGCGUGCAAAAUGGAUUGACUGCUUCAGGAUUCAACGGCAUGACCUUAUGUUGGUGAAGUGGUUAACUCCUGUUAGCUCAAGGUUACAUUCGUGGUUAUGUUUGGUCGUGCAAGGGUUUUAUUAUGAUGGUUUUCAGAUCUGGUAUUAUCUCUAGAUAUUGUAAAGAGUACAUGGUAUUCAUCAUCCUCAUAUAAUGGAAAGUUUGGCAGUGGACCGUGAUGGUCCCGUGGUUUUUUACUCCUCAUUUUGAGGAGUUUUUCCACAUAAAAGCA